GAUGCCAAGACCCCCGACGCCUGGGUCCAGCGCCACCCGUCCCUCAUCCGCCUCACGGGCAAGCACCCCUUCAACGUCGAGGCUCCCCCCGCGGAGAUCUACGACUACGGCUUCAUCUCUCCCGUCAACCUGCACAUCGUCCGCAACCACGGCGCCGUGCCCAAGCUCGACUGGGACACCCAUCGCAUCGAAAUCUCCGGCAACGUCCCAAACCCCUACUCCAUCGGCAUGGACGAGCUCACGCAGAUGCCGUCCGAUUGCUUCCCGUGCCUCGUGGUGUGCGCGGGUAACCGCCGCAAGGAGCAGAACAUGAUCAAGAAGUCCAUCGGCUUCAACUGGGGCCCCGCCGCCGUCGGUAACACCUACUGGAAGGGCGUCCCGCUCAGGAUCAUCCUCAACCGCGCGGGCAUCUACAAGCCCGGUCCCGGCCGCAGGUUCGUGUGCCUCGCCGGUCCCGAGGGCGAGCUCCCGAAAUCGUACGACGGUCAGGAUGGCGGCCCGGGCUCCUACGGCACCUCCAUCGACAUGGAGACCGCGCUGGACCCGACCUGCGACGUCAUCGUCGCCUACGAGCAGAACGGCGACAGGCUUCACCCCGACCACGGCUACCCGUGCCGCGUUCUCAUCCCCGGCUACAUCGGCGGCCGCAUGAUCAAGUUUUUGUGCAAGAUCAUCGUCACCGACGAGGAGUCCAAGAACUUCUAUCACUUCAACGACAACCGCGUGCUCCCCGUGGGCGUCGACGCGGAGAAGGCGACUGCCGAGGGCUGGUGGUUCAAGCCCGAGUACAUCAUCAACAACCUCAACAUCAACGGCGCCAUCAUCCACCCGCAGCACGAGGAGACCCUCCACGCGCCCAUGAAGAAGUACACCAUCAAGGGCUACGCCUACUCCGGCGGCGGCCGCAAGGUGAUCCGCGCCGAGGUCUCCUUCGACCAGGGCCAGUCCUGGAAGCUCGCCAACAUCAACGUGCGCGAGAAGCCCCGCUGGGCGGCCGGGUCCUCGGGCGACAAGGCCAAGCACUGGUGCUGGUGCCACUGGGAGAUCGAGGUGGACGCCGACGAGAUUCGCGGCGCCAACGAGAUCUGCUUCCGCGCCUUCGACCA